AUGUUCCGCCACAACGACAACCACAUCACAGUGGAAGCAUCUAACUCUUUCGCGGAAGAUUGGUCGUCUCACAACCGUCGAUACAAAACACAGAUUCUGAUAAGGGACAACCGUCAAUGGAAAUUGGAAUGCAAACUUGACAUCCCAGAACUACACCAUGGUGUACGAAGCGAGAAGCUUAUCGAAUCGCUGAUGAAUCUGAGGACUCUUACGAUCAAGUCAAAGACUUUGCCGGCGACCCCGUCUGCGAUGUUACCACGAGGAUAA